CCCCACGCCAUUAGAAAAAAAUGAGAGGGGAAAAUCCCACUCAAACCCGACGACGGUGGGGAGCACGACGGCCGCGCCGGGCGGCACCAUCGGCGCGGGCCAACGGUGGCGCGAUCGGAGGCCCUCUUCAUGGAUUUGUAGCUGUACAGCCUGUGAUCUCCUGGUUGUCUUGUCUGCCACCGGCUGGGCACCCGCGCGCCCACCACCUGCUCGUGCAAAUGCGCGGCACAGCCCAGCACUUGCACCGCCUGCUGAUCCCGAUGCAGGCUACCUCCGGAUGCUUGCCUACUAGGAUCAUGUGCAGCGUUGUUUGUGGAGACAACUUUCUGAAAACCAGAGAUGCUAACCUGGCCCCAGAGGAUUGGCAUUAUUGCGCAAAUUAGGCUGAGGCUUGCGCUAGAUGAUUCAAAGGGUAGGGGCGGCGACUGCGAGCAUGCCUGAUGCACCUCCUCCUCGCAUGAGAAAAUACAGAGGUCGUGUGCUCCUUCUGAAGAAGGCGACAGCAGACCGAAGCCCAUUCACCCGGUGCCGGCUAUGGAUAACUUCAAUUAAAAAGAGCUUGGCUUUUUUGGAUGGUGGCGCCCGGCUUCUGCAUGGAGGCAUCGAUUGGUGCACACAGUCAAUACAUAACCAGGUUGGCUCACUCUAGCUUUAUCAUGCUCAACUUACUGCAGAUCUGUGUACACACGCUCCUAAAGUAGUGUUCAGAUUAACUAAUAACUCGGUCAGUACGCAAGGGGAUCCUCUUGGCAAAGCACCACAACAGUACAGUAUUUCCCGAGACAGAUAACCCCAGCCAUAUUGGGCUACUGGCGCGAGUGCGCGCUGCCGAAGUUGAAGUGCCGAGCCGUCUCCGGUGGCUUUCCCACUGCCUGCACCCACUUAUCGUGCACUGGGCAAUCAUAGCCGACGCACAAACAAAUCAGUUAGGGGAAAAAGGAGAAAAACAAAUGCUUGCAACGCAAAGGCUGUGCAACCUGCAAUCGAAGAAGAAAUCCAUUACAGGUCGAGCUGGGCCAAAUCCACUUGAUCGCCCGUCCCUUCUGACGUCAUUGAAUUACUACUACUGGCCAGGCCUGCUGGACGGAUCGGUUGGUUAAAUCAGAGACCACCGACUCACUGACUGACAGCGAAUGCAGGGUCAUUUUGUUGAAUUUCCAAAAGGAUCGCAAGACUUUUGUUUUAGUCCUGACGUAACCUUCGUAUACACGACCGAGGUUGAUUAGAUUAGUAUAGGCUGGUGGGCUGGAAGAAUCCGUUGAUUGACGACCGACCGAGUGGUGUGCUACAAGGUCGUCUUUGUUCUCUUUGGUUAUUCUACCUACCUUGUACUGUACGUACUGAACGCAAGAAAUGAAAUGGCUAGGAAAUUCAAAGCCGGAGAAUAAGUGUUGUUGGCUAGCUAGAACCGCUGGGUCGCUGAUUGUUGCUCCCCGGCGGGCUGGCGGGUUCCGAAGCCGAAUCCGCGACGUCCCGGUCGCCGGUCGGGAUCUCAUUCUUGCUCCACUCGGUCGGUCAUCAAUCAACGGAUUCUUCCAGCCCACCAUCCUAUACUAAUCUAAUCAACCUCGGUCGUGUAUACGAAGGUUACGUCAGGACUAAGACAAAAGUCUUGCAAUCCUUUUGGAAAUUCGACAAAAUGACCCUGCAUUCGCUGUUAGUCAGUGAGUCGGUCGUCUCUGAUUUAACCAACCGAUCCUUAAUUCAAUGACAUACGAUAUUUAAGCGCUGGCCGGCCAGCCAGAAGGGACGGGCGAUCAAGUUGAUUUCGCCGGCUCGACCUUUAAUGGAUUUCCUCUUCGAUUGCAGGUGGCACAGCCUUUGCGUUGCAAGCAUUUGUUUUUGGCCGGUCGCCGUCACCUCAUUCUCCAUCCGUCUAUCCUCGUCCCCAGUCCAUAUUUUCUGCAACCUGCUGCUGCAUCCUUUCUGAUCCAUCUCUAGUACAUCGAGGUCGAGCCUAUAGAGAAGUCACCGGAGAUGCUACCGCCAUGUAGAACACUUAGCUAGCUCCGAGGUCCAAGCUACCUCCCAUAGUCCAUCACUGGCUGCAUGCCUUCCCAGUAAAGCAUGAGGGCUCCCAUGGCCGUCAAGCUCGCGGCCAUUCUCCUCCUCCUCCACCUCACACGCUUCCAUGCCAUGGCCGUUGCGACGGGUGAGCGGCGGGCUGGGACGAUCGUCCGGCAGCAGCGUCGGUGGCAAGUGCUGCUACAGGAGAAGGCCACGCUCCUGGCAUUGAAACGAUCGCUCACCUUGCCGUCGCCGUCGGCUCUGGCCGACUGGAACGAGUCCAAUGACGAUGUCUGCGGCCUCACCGGCGUCGCCUGCGACUGGAGGCGGCAGCACGUCACCGGCCUCUCCCUAGGCGACAUGAACAUCUCUGGCCCCGUGCCGCCGGUCAUCGGUAACCUCACGCGCCUCAAAAGCCUUGACAUGUCUCGCAAUUUCCUCGCAGGGCAGAUCCCGGCCGAGCUCUCCAACCUCCGCGGCCUCGAAGUCCUCGACCUCGGCCACAACCAGCUCAGCGGCGGCAUACCGCUGUCCCUCUCUGAGCUGGUAAGCUUGGGUUUCCUCUUCCUCAAGGAUAAUCAGCUCUCAGGCCCUAUCCCGGCCGUUCUCUUCAAGAACUGCACCAUUCUAAGUGUGGUCGACUUCGGCAACAACGAUCUAUCCCGCGAGAUUCCCCUGGAAGCCUCGGCGAACAUUUUUUUUCUCAACCUCUACUCCAACAGGCUAACCGGAAAACUACCAUGGUGGCUCGCUAACUGCACGUAUCUAUACUUGCUGGAUGUGGAGGACAACUCGCUCGCCGACGAGCUCCCCUCCGGCAUCAUAGCGGGCAAGCAGCAGCUCAAGUACCUGCAUUUGUCCAACAACUACCGGUUCUCGAGCCACGACGGCAACACCAACCUGGAGCCCUUCUUCGCCGCAGUAUCGAACUGCUCCCAAAUACUGGAGAUCGAGGCCGGCGCGGUGGGGAUGGGCGGUCGGCUGCCAAGCUGGCUUGGCUCGUUGCUCCCACCAAACAUGUCACACCUCAACCUGGAGCUCAACGAGAUCCAGGGGCCGAUCCCGGCCGACAUCGGCGAAAUGAUAAACAUCAUGCUGAUGAACCUCUCAAGCAACCAGCUGAACGGGACAGUCCUGGCAUCCAUCUGCGCGUUGCCGAAGCUCGAGCGCCUCUCCCUGUCCAACAACGGCCUGACGGGCAUGAUCCCGGCGUGCAUAGGCAACGCGACAAGCCUCGGCGAGCUGGAUCUGUCAGGCAAUGCGCUGUCGGGGAGCAUCCUGAGCGGCAUCGGGACCGGGCUUGUCAACCUCUACCUGCAGAACAACCAGCUUUCCGGGGAGAUACCGGUAAACCGCCUUGCCGAAUGCAUGCGCUUGCUCCACCUUGACCUCUCAAACAACAGCUUGACCGGAGAGGUACCAUACAUGGUCUCUGGCACCAACAUUAUAUUUCUCAACCUGUCACACAACCAGAUCAGAGGUGAGCUGCCGCGGGGGCUCGGUGACAUGCAACAGGUGCAAGCGAUUGACCUGUCCUGGAACAACUUCACAGGCACGAUCUCUCCACAGCUUGGACUCUGCCGCGAGCUGGAGGUCCUCGACCUGUCGCACAAUUCGCUCACCGGCGUCCUACCAUCGUCCUUCGACCUCCUCAACGACCUGAAAAACCUGGACGUAUCCCACAACUCCCUGAACGGAGAGAUCCCUGCAAACCUGACAAAAUGCACCAGCCUGAAACAUUUCAACCUGUCGUACAACGACUUCGUCGGCCAUGUGCCCACCAUCGGCGUCUUUGCAGACUUCACCUUCCUGUCCUACAUUGGCAACCCACGGCUCUGCGGCUUGGUGGUGAGGCGCAACUGCCAAAGGCACCGCCCAUGGUAUCAGUCCCGGAAGUAUUUGGUCGUGAUGUGCGUCUGCGCCGCCGUGCUGACAAUCCUCUGCGCGGUUGGUGCCUGGAAGAUCCAGGAUUGGUUAGCUGCUGUGCAGGAAGACAUGUUCAGGGGCCGACGCAGCGGAGGCUUGUCGCUGGUCAUGAAGUAUAAGUACCCGCGGAUCACGUACCAAGAGUUGGUUGAGGCGACACAGGAGUUUAAUGCAGACCGGCUGGUCGGAGCAGGCAGCUACAGCCGCGUGUACCGCGGCACGCUGCGGGACGGCUCCAUGGUUGCCGUGAAGGUGCUGCAGCUCCAGUCAGGGAACUCGAUCAAGAGCUUCAGCCAGGAGUGCCAGGUCCUGAAGCGCAUCCGCCAUCGGAACCUCAUGCGGAUCAUCACGGUAUGCAGCCUGGCGGACUUCAAGGCGCUGGUCCUGCCCUUCAUGGCGAAGGGUAGCCUCGAGCGGUGCCUCUAUGCUGGGCCUCCGGCCGAGCUCAGCCUGGUGCACCGUGUCAACAUCUGCAGCGACAUCGCCGAGGGGGUGGCCUAUCUGCACCACCACUCACCAGUCAAGGUCAUCCACUGUGACCUUAAGCCAAGCAACGUCCUCAUCAACGACGACAUGACCGCGCUCGUGUCUGACUUUGGCAUUUCCCGGCUGGUCAUGAGCGUUGGUGGUGUGGCCAACCCGGCCGACGUCGGUGCCUCCACCGCCAACAUGCUGUGCGGUUCCAUCGGAUACAUUCCUCCAGAGUAUGGCUACGGCUCGAACCCAACGACGAUGGGUGAUGUGUACAGCUUCGGCGUUCUGGUGAUGGAGAUGGUAACGAGGAAGAAGCCGACCGACGACAUGUUCGAGGGUGGGCUGAGCCUGCACAAGUGGGUGAAGAGCCACUACCACGGCCGGGCCGACGCGGUGGUCGACCAGGCGCUGGCCAGGAUGGUUCUGGACCAGACGCCUGAGGUGAGGAGGAUGUCGGACGCGGCCAUCGGCGAGCUGCUGGAGCUCGGCAUUCUCUGCACCCAGGAGACCGCGUCCACGCGGCCGUCUAUGCUGGACGCCGCCAACGAGCUGGACCGGCUCAAGCGGCACCUGGGCGGCGACACGACCGCUACAUUCGAAGAUAUUGAUGACUUAGCUUAGCGGUAGCAAGCUACGCAUCCACGGAGUAUAAAUUAACAGGGAUACGUUGUGUAUGCGUAGUGAGGACUUUAUGUGGUUCUGAACGAGGUAGAUGGUCUUCUGAAUAUCACAAGAUGUAUGUAUAUCAUUCUUUCAAGGUGUCUGAUUUGAUGUAAUUUAAGCUUUGUA